UUUUAUUACCAUUUAUUAAAAGCAUAUUUAUAAUUUUUUUCAAAUAGUAAAUAAGUUAUAAAUAGUAAUACAUAAAACGAUUACUAUCUUAAGACUAAAAUCAAAAACUAAAUAUCAAAUUAAAAAAAUAAUCAGCACUAGGUAUAAAUGUCAUCUUAGGAAGAAUAAUUUAGAAGAAGUCAUAACACAUUCAUGUAACAGGCCUAUAACUUAUAACAUAAUUAAGAUAAAGAAGGAUUUUAAAGAACUAUGAAAGAUUAUGAGAAUUAAUUUGUUCAAAAUGAAUUUUAUUUAAACUAAACCUAAUAUUCGCCUCAAAAUAGAAUUAACAAUAAUUAUCUACCUGCCUAAAAUACCCUUUCAGAUAAUUUUCUACAGCAAACAUUUCUCUCUGAUACAAACUCUUUCGUUCAAUACUAAAGAAUAGUCAACACAAACAACCCAAAAUAAAUGGAAGCACUCAAUUAAUAUUAGUAAAGCUUGUCACCCUAUCAAAAAUAAUAUGUUAGACCAAACGCUAAUAUAGAAUUUAAGGAAGAAGAUUUGCCUCUAUAAUACUAAAGAUUUAGAGUUCCUAAAACCCCAAAUAAUGUGUAGGCAAAUUAGUAAAAUCCACUAUUUGAUCAUGAUACUACACUUUUUGGUAGAAAUGUCUUAACUUGCUGUGAGAAUUAGAUUUAAUAAACAACUCCUCAACACUUAAAGAACUACAUUGAUGUUCUAGGUGGAAUAGAAGAUACCAUAGCAACUAUGGAAAGUAGCUUGAAGUUAAGUGAACUCAAAAAUCUUGAAGAAAAAUAUAUAAAUUACUAUUCUCACCCAUUAAAUACACAAAAUUAAUAUAAUAACUAAACAUAAGUCCCUUAACCUAUUCCUUAAGCUAAUCCUUUUAGUAAAAAACCUUGUGAAAAUCUCAAUCGAAACAUUCCUCUGGUGUAAGCAGCAUACCCAGAAUAACCUCAUUUCUAAGACAUAUAAAGAGAUGAGUUAGUUGAUGAUAAUUAAUAUUCAUUUUAAAAUGAAAAACCACGCCUUAACCCAAUUAUAGAAUAAAGUAGGAAGUUAAGAGAAGAAAAAAUGAAGUUUCUUCAAAAAAUUAAAUGA